AUGAGAUUACUAGUUAGCUGUGUGGAUAGUGGAUCCAUAAAGGAGGUUUUGUGUAACAUCGGAACUGACACUUCCGUACAAACAGCGCCGCAGCCUUUUCAUGUGGCACCUCAUCUAGCUGAAGGAUUAAAGGCUCACGUUGAUAGAAUGUGGAUGGUAUCCAAAGAUGAAAUUAUCCUAGCAAGGAAUUCAGGGGUUGUCGAACUAGUAAAAAUUUCAAAACACGCUAAAGAAAACGAAACUCUUCAGGUCGAUCCGAAAGAAGAAAGCAAAAACGAAAAUGACCUUUCCGAUGCUCUACCCAUUUUUGAUAUAUCUGAGUUUGAGAUUGCUAGCUCAGUUUCAAACCUUUUAGACGACACCAAACUGGAAUCACUUUCAGGAAAAUCUGUGAAAAGAACCAAAUUGGUGGACGGUUUUGUCACAUUAUGUCCCAUAAAAAAGGAUCCGUCGAAUAACAUAUUCGUAGCUGGUACUAGAUCAGGAUUAGUGCAUGUUAUAGAAAAAGGAAAAGACGAAAAGCUAACAAAGGUGGCAUCCCUUGAAGUGAAAGCGCCAGUAGAAUUCUUUCAGCUAUAUGAUACAGAGGAUACCGAAAACGACAAAAUUAUAUUUGCAUAUGGUGGGGAGGAGAAUCUAGUAAAAUUAGUGGAAAUAGAACCGGAUUUCAAGUCUUUGAAGCAAAUAUGGGAAGCCAAGAAUGUUAAGAACGACAGAUUGGACAUGAGAGUCCCGGUGUGGCCUAUGGCCCUGAAAUUUCUGGAGCCCUCCCCUAAUGAAACCGACAAAGAUAAGCUAAAUUACCAGUUUGCUGCUAUAACACGUUGGUCCCAUCUCAUCAAAUACAGCACACAACAUGGUAAGAAACCAUUCGCUCAGAUAGAUCUAUUACCCAACCGUGAACCGCUAUCUCAGAUGGAAGUUUUUGAUACCAACGGAAAAAAUGUUACCUCUUCGUUUGGGAAUUUCCAAUCCGGUUCUUUUGAUGAAUUGAAGUUAAUUACUGCUGAUUACAAAAAGAAUGUUUUUAAAUUUGAUGGUAAUGGAAAGAUGUUGGGUAAGGUAGGUAGAGAUGAUAUCACUGGUUCGUCAACUUAUAUUCAUGUACAUGACGGCAAAUAUCUUUUGCAAGGUGGAUUAGAUAGGUAUGUUCGCAUCUUCGAUAUAAAAACUAAAAAAAUGUUGGUGAAGACUUACGUUGGGUCCCGCAUAAAUUUUAUUAUCAUGUUAGAUGACGCUGAAAUUGAAAUGCCACUAAGUCCAAGUGCUAAAGCCGCCAAAGAGAAGCAGAAAAGAAAGGCUACAGAACUUGAAGAUGAUGCAGAGGAACUUUGGAACAAAUUAGAAGGAAAGGCAACUGCUUCUAAAGCCAGCAAGAAAAGCAAAAUUUAA